UUUAAGGUUUCAGCAAGUCAGCCAUAUCAUCUAUGUUUUUUUAAGGCAGUAAAUAAGGCUGAAUGGACUGUUUCACUGCCAAACAAGGCUCCGCUCAUAGCCAGGUGUAGCAGUGGGAAGAUGUUGGGUCUAGUGUUGGGACAGCUUUAUGUAGGCCGUUUGUGAUCACAGUUUGUCAUCGUUAUACUGCAAUUAAUGUAUUUAGUGUUGUGUUGUGUAGUGGCUUUACUGGCAUGCAUACCACUUUUUGCUCCACCAAGAUUUACAUGCUAAAAUCCCACACACACAAAACACAUACAAACAAAGUUAACCUGGUAGCCAAAAUCAUCCCCACACUUUGAAUCAGAACAUAAUAAUUCAUUGUUAAUUCAUAAAAUAUUCUGGAAAGUUAGUUGUCUAACAUAACAAAUAUUAUCUCUGUCUACACCCUCCUCUUCCCUCCCUCCAUCUCUGAGCAAGUGGAGCGUAGCGCUGCGCUUUAAUGUGGUGCUCUUGGGCACCCAAUGUUCACAUACUAUAGUGGGCGUGGUGUUGGAAAUGGAGAUGGCGUCACCGGCAACGUGUUAUGUGUGUACAUAGUAGCAAGAUUACAACGAGCCUGUGACAGAAGAGACACACGAGUCAGAUCAUACAAGUCUGACACUUAAAGCAGGACCAGGACUCGCUGCGAAUUCAAACACUGAAGAAGAGACACCAAAUAUUUUGGACCAAGAGGAGCUGACAAGGUGCUACAAAGAAAAAGGGAUUCUGACAUGCACUGGCAGAAAUCACCGAAGGAGAAGCCGUGUUACACUCUUCCCACAGUGAAGAAACUCCUGGAGCAGAAGAGGAAGAGGGAAACCUCCUCGACGGCAACAACCAGUACCGGUGUCUCCACUGCCACUGUCCUCUCCCAACAGGUGUCUACACCAGAGAAGUCUACCUCAACAGGUGUAGCCAGCAGCUACUCAGACAUGGCAGUGGGGUAUGAGAGAUGGGGUCCUAUGGAUGAGCACCAAGCCCUCUUGGCCAUACAGGAAGGUCCAUUCUCCCCUAUGGGGAACAAUUACUUCUCCAGCCCAUCCUCCUCAAUGGACUACAGCCAUACUCCGGCCUACAGCCCUCAGAUGGUCUCCAGCUACAACACACAGCAGAUGCAGGACUACCCAGACACCAGGAUGCCUCAGCAUUAUACAGAGUGUCCAGUGCCCGAGUCUGUGUCUAGUUUGGUUCCUUCUGGGCCCCUGCAGACCACUGUCUUCUCCUGGUCGUCGGGGGCCCUGGGCCCCACAGAACCUGUCCAGCAGGUGUUUAGUGGCCAGAUGGAUGUCACUAAGCUGGAGGAAGCCAGGAUGUUCCUCAGAGGGAUGGACUACAGCAGAACCACCUGGCAGGAUGACGACGGAGACACGAUUCUGCAUAUCUAUACAGCCAAAGGCCUGAGGGAGUAUGCAUUCGCUGCAGCAGAGAGGCUUGCUGAGCUGGGCAGGCUAGACUCCAAGGAACACAAGGGGAAGACUGCUUUGCUGGUGGCGGUGACUGCUAACCAUCCGGAAAUCGUCCAGGAUCUGUUGUCUUUAGGGGCGGAUAUAAAUGCCUGUGAUGUCAAAGGUCAAACAGCACUUCAUCUUGCUGCCACCUAUGGCUUCCCCAGGGUUAUGCAGGUUAUUCUCUCCAUUGGGCCUGGAGUGAACCUGGAGGCUCGCAAUUUUGAAGGUCUGACUCCUCUGCACUGUGCAGCCAUCUCCCACAGUGGCACCCUGAAGACUCUCUCCUCCCUCACCUCCACAGGGCUGGGUGAUGCCAGCCUCCAUGCCCUGGCAGAGGAGAAGCUCUCCUGGCUGCAAAUGCUACUUAACACCGGAGCCUCCCUGACCAGCCAGGAAAUCAAAAGUAACAAGACUGUUCUUCACCUGGCUGUGAAGGAGGGGAACAUCCAGCUGGUUCGCCAUCUGCUGAAAACCCCCCUGGACAACAUGAGGGACUUUGUCAACAUGAAGGCCCACGGUCAUACCGCACUGCACAUGGCUGCUGGUCUCCAUGGCAGCCCACACCAGGAGGAGAUGCUGAGGCUGCUGCUGAGCAGAGGGGCCGACCCCAGCGUCCGCAACCUGGAGAACGACCAGCCUGCACACCUGCUGCAGAGUGGACCCCACGGGGAACAGCUCAAGCUCAUCCUGAAGAAGCGAAGUGCUUCCUCUCGUCGACGUGUAAUGUCCUUACAGGACCAAGAGUGACCCGGACUACUUUUUAUGUCCCUGUGUAUCCCUCCACCUCUUUUCAGAGGAAGUACUGAAGGUCUGUACUGUAGGUUGAAUCCAGACAUCUGUACUUCCAACAGGGAGGGAUUCUAGCGUAUCUUCAUGUGAGGAUUUUCAAACACCGUGAAUCUCUAAUAUAUACUAGAGCAUUCACUUUGAAACAAUAUGUUUGAUUGACAUGAUUUUGGUCCCUAUCUGAAUUCAGUUAGCAAUUACGUUUAUGUAUUUUUAUAUCUUAAUGGGCAGCUAUUGUUUUUGUUUAAUGGAUAUCUAGCAAUGAGCAGUGGUAACAGGUGGUAUUCCAGUCCCCCCUGACAUUACUGUCACUCAGUACAACCUUGAUUUCUAUGAUAAUCGUUUACAUUAUAUUCAAAGCUUCCGAGACUCAUUGUAUGAGUACCCCCACAGCCGGGAAGCCCUCCUUAGUGGUAUAUCUGAGGAGGGUUUCUGAGCUCCCACCCCCACUCAUUCUCUUGUCAAAACUUCGCACCAUGGUCAGAAAUCAUAUUGGUUUGUUGAAAGGUGGUUGUUGUUUCACUAAGCAUGUGACACAGUGUACCAUUGUGCUCAUGCUUUCAAUGUUGCUUAUAACUUAUCUAGGUCUUUUCUUUUUAUAUUUGAUAUACUCAUAGCACUCAUUGAAUAGCUAAUAUAUUGUCAUUGGUGGAAAAACUACUCAAGUAUGACUUUUGAGUAAAGGUAAAGAUACCUCAAUAGAAAAUGACUCAACUAAAAGUGAAAGUCACCCAGUAAAAUAUUACUUCAGUAAAAGUGUAAAAGUAUUUAGUUUUAAAUAUACUUAAGCACCAAAAGUAAAUGGAAUUGCUGAAAUGUACUUAAGUAUCAAAAGUAAAAGUAUUAAUAAUUUCAAAUCCUUAUAUUAUGCAAACCAGACAGCACAAUAUUUUUUAGAUUUUUUAAUUUACAGAUAGCCAGGGGCACACUACAACACUCAUUUGUGUUUAGUGAGUCUACCAGAUCAGAGGCAGUAGGGAUGACCAGGGAUGUUCUCUGUUUAGUGAGUCUGCCAGAUCAGAGGCAGUAGGGAUGACCAGGGAUGUUCUCUGUUUAGUGAGUCUACCAGAUCAGAGGCAGUAGGGAUGACCAGGGAUGUUCUCUGUUUAGUGAGUCUGCCAGAUCAGAGGCAGUAGGGAUGACCAGGGAUUUUCUCUGUUUAGUGAGUCUACCAGAUCAGAGGCAGUAGGGAUGACCAGGGAUUUUCUUUUGAUAAGUGCAUGAACUGGACCAUUUCCCUGUCAAAAUGUAACAAGUACGUUUGGUUGUCAGAGAUAAUGUAUGGAGUAAAAAGUACAUUAUUUUCUUUAUGAAUGGAGUGAAGUAAAAGUAAAAGUAGUCAAAAAAAUGAAUAGUAAAGUACAGAUACCCCCCAAAAACGUAGUACUUUAAAGUGUUUUUACUUUAAGUACUUUACACCACUGUAUAUUGUCUCAUUCAUACUAUGACUUAUGAAAAUAACAUUUGACAUUUACUGUGUAAAGGGAAUAUGUUGAUAUUGACCACACAUGCUAUAUAAUAUUAUAUACCAUAUCAACAGUGUAUACAAUGUAGUACCAGUAGUAUUCAUUUCUUAAAGGGCAUUAUAGGAGGAGUAUUUCAGUUAUGACUCGUUUCACCUUAAAGUAAUCAGGUAUUUUCAAACAUGACUCAUGAUUGAAAAUACCACAACAUGUUUUGUGGUGACAAAAAAACAUGCAUCACUUACUCAUAUACCUUUUAUGACUGUUUAAAAAAAAAUCUCCAAUCAGUUAGCAUGCAUGUGCCCUUUGAAAUAUUGCUGUAGUGAAUAUACCACUUCAUAAUUGUAAGUGGCAUAGAAAAUACAACAACAUAAAACAUCUCAUUGGAGAUAUGACACAACAUUUCCCCAGACUUGACUGUGAUUUCCCCUAGUUUUGGAACCUGGGCAGUCUUAGUCAAGGAACAUACAGAGAUGUCUGUAUGUGUUCCUAGGUCUAAAUCAUAGGUGAGUUAACAUGAGGGAGAAUAACUAAUGUUAUCGUUAAAAAAUGGUACGAGAGAAUCUGGUGAUUUUGGCUGCUUGGGUCUACUUUGACAGUUUGUAACAUUGUAAUAAUCCUGUUACUUUUCACUGAAUGUAUCCUUCUGAUUAACUGAAUUGCCUAAACUUAACCCUGGAAUUAAAUCUGUUCUUCAAAUAUCUCUAUUUGUCAUCUAUUUUAUACUCUAUUUUAAUCCACAUGUAUGUAUUGAUCAAGGUUCAGAUUAAAAGAUAUGGGAAAUUACUGUAAACAAUACAUCAAUAAGACCAUUGUAUACAGGGUGAUUUUUAUUGCAGCAGCUGUCUUAUUGGUUAGCUCUGGUGAGAAUCACUCAUUUGCUUUUGGUUAACUGUUACGCCAUUGGCUCAGUAUCAGGCAUUACUAGUGCUGCAUACCGGUAAAUAAAAAUAUCUGAAAAUAACAGACAUUGUACUUGCAGAAAGUUAGAAACAGCUCUAAAUAAUGAUAAUACAGACAUAUUUUAUUUGCAGCUAGUUACUGUGACUUCUUAUCUUAAUGUAUUGAUCGUUUCAUUAAGCUUAAACUCAUACACUUUUAAAAUGCCCGCUCCUUCAACCCAAGGUAAUACCUUUUUAGCGCUUUGAAUGAUUCUACUCGUGCAAUGUAACUUAAAAUACAAUAGGAGAAAGAAAAAGGCUGUUGACAUACAAUACUAUACUGGUGGCACCCUCUUACAGAACCCAGAGAAUGAUAGGAGACUUCAUUCCUGCUUCUGUUUCAAAUUAACAUCUGACAUGUGGUUGACAUCCUUCUCAUUGCUACCUAGAACACAACCACACACGGCAGUCCACUUAAUGCCAUCAAAAAUGACAGCAGAUAGAUCCUGAGCCAACCAUCAGUAAAACAGUGGGAUAAUGGGGUUGGUUUUGAUAUCUUAAUUCAUGCUUGAGGUUAUUAAUACAGGUCCAAUGUAAAUCCUAAAUGUAAAAGAACUCUCUCACGACUGGAUGAUAAAGUUGUAGAUUUCUAAAGUGCAUUGAGAGUACUAUACAGUAAAACGAGACAUGCAAUCAACUUUCUUGGGUGUGCAUGAAGUCAAAAGCAAGGAACAGAGAGAGCACAGCAUUCAGUUCUGUUUCAACACUACCCAUAUCAUGAUAUAGAUUUACAGUGCACCUGAAAGCUGAUCUUGCGCCAGGUAUGUUUUUUUUGCUUAUAGGUGCUUUUGGUGCCGAUUGGGAUAAGGAUAAACCCCAAAUCAGCACUGAAGGCUACUUUACAUUCUCUCCUGGGCAAGGUAGAUUGAUAGCACCUAAUACACAAGUCACAAAGACGGUUAAGAGUAACAUCUUCAUCUUGAUAUACAUUUUAUUUAAAUCAAGAAUGACAAUUCAGUCAUUCUUCUGGUCAACAUGGGCUGGGUGUGCAUCAUACUUGAUGUUCCAAUGGGUGCUGGUGUGUGGCAACCAUAAAUGUGAGAGUGUGUGUUAUUAUGUGUGUUGGCCUCUCUG